AUGAAUUCCCUUAACCUGAUCUCAUCCCGAGUUAUCGGACAGACUCAACAUCCCACGCGUCCGCGAUCGCGAUCUCAGGGUGAGUUGUUGAAGAAGGAAUAUGACAAGGAAGUCCUUGGUGGGCGAUCCUACAGCGACGAACUUGCGCCGCAGGACGAGAAAGACCUAGGCGGUCCUUUCCCGGAUCAACUCACGUCGGGCGCUGCUUCAGAUGAUGGAGACCAACGUAUAAAAGACGAGGACGAAGAUGAGAAACAGCUACUGUUGGGAGCGGGCGAAAAGAAAGACAUCAAUUCAGACGGGGUGGGAUGGCAAAGAUUGGUGAAGAGGCUAGCUGACGCCAUCACCGCAAUACUGGCAGCUAUCGGGGCUCCGGUUGUUUACGUCGCGAGGUUUUUCAGAAGCCAGGAUGAGAAGUCUUCCAUCGUCCCGAGAUUGGCCAAGCAAGAACGAUCUGCGCAUGGGAGUCUGGCAAAUUCUACGAGUAACACCAAAGCUUCCCAUGAGACCAGCUGGAGCUCUGAGAAGCCGACAAACCGUGUUCUUCAAGAAGCCAAGUUGCGGCAUUCCUAUUCCAGCGACUCCUCGAUGAACAAUUCGACGACUGAUUCGGAAUCCGAGCAGCACGAGACGGAGCAACCCCAAUCAAGACCCAAGUCAAAACCUGGAAAGGGAAUUCGCGACGAGUCUGAGACACGGAGAUCGUCCAUCCGGAUCAAAGAACAAAAUGACCUUGCACUCAAAAGGCGCAAGCAGAAGAAAAUGGCCAGUCCGCUCGGCGACGCCGCGCCAAUGACGGUGGACGACAUCAAAUCUCCGACGUCUCCCUCAGCGUCCUUGAGAAUCACAAGAUAUCCGCAUGCACCUCAGCCUCCACGACCGCUCAUCCCCCGGCGCCAACCUUCCUACGCCAACAUUUCUGCCCGGUCGCCCAGCCGCGGCGGCCCAUCGCUGCAGCAAAAGACGCUAAUCUUAGACCUCGACGAGACUUUGAUACACUCCCUGGCCAAGGGAGGCCGGAUGUCAUCUGGGCACAUGGUUGAAGUCAAAUUGAACAGUCCUGUCGCUCUGUCGCCGGCACAAUCCGGGCAGACCGCUCCAAUGUUCGGACCCCAACAUCCCAUCCUUUACUACGUCCAUAAACGGCCGCACUGCGACGACUUCUUGCGCAAGGUGUCGAAGUGGUAUAAAUUGGUGGUAUUCACGGCAUCGGUUCAAGAGUAUGCAGACCCCGUGAUAGACUGGCUGGAACAGGAGCGCAAGUACUUUGUGGGCCGAUAUUACCGGCAGCACUGCACGUUUCGAAACGGAGCGUACAUCAAAGACCUCAGCAGCAUUGAGCCCGACCUAAGCAAGGUAAUUAUUCUGGACAACAGCCCAGUAAGCUAUAUUUUCCAUGAAGACAAUGCGAUCCCGAUUGAGGGAUGGAUCAACGACCCGACAGACAACGACCUGCUUCAUUUGAUACCCAUGUUAGAGGCACUGCAAUACGUGACGGACGUGCGAGCACUGUUGGCUCUCCGAAGAGGUGAGGCAGAGGCAGCCUCGUAG